CCGCCCGGAGCCCGGCACCGGGGGGAGGAGGCGGCAGCGCCUCCGGGGGCCGCGGCGCCGGGGAUGCGGCAGCCGCCGGGCACCGCCGGGCUCUCCCGCGGCCCCGGACCCCAUGGGAUGGAUGGACCCGCCGUCGCCUGGGUGAAGUGUUUGGUUUCCAAAUGGCUGGGAGCAGCUGUGGGCUGGAUGGUGGGAACAUGGCCUCCGAGCUGUAGGACUCUGGCAGAGCUGGCCAUGAUGUUACGCCUGGUGGUCAGUGCCCUCUUCCCAGCGCUGCUCCUGGCUGCCCCACCACCCAUCAACAAACUCGCCCUCUUCCCGGACAAGAGCGCCUGGUGUGAGGCAAAGAACAUCACCCAGAUUGUGGGGCACAGUGGCUGCGAGUCCAAGUCCAUCCAGAACAGGGCCUGUCUGGGACAGUGUUUCAGCUACAGUGUCCCCAACACCUUCCCUCAGUCCACGGAGUCCCUGGUUCACUGUGACUCCUGCAUGCCAGCCCAGUCCAUGUGGGAAAUCGUGACACUGGACUGUCCAGGCAAUGAGGAGAUCCCCAGGGUGGACAAGCUGGUGGAGAAGAUACUUCACUGUAGCUGCCAGGCUUGUGGGAAGGAGCCCAGCCAUGAGGGAGCCCUGUUCAAUGUCUACCUGAAUGCAGAGGAGAACAUGCCCGCUGAAGGUCCCAGCCCCCACCACUAUGCCCACCACCAACAGGAGGUGGAAGAACCUCCUGCCUCCAGCCACCACCACCACGAGGAAGAGAGCGAGGAGUGACCUGACCCUUGUGGACUGUCCUUGUAGGGGGGGUUGUGCCAGGGAGAGGGCCGGGG